AUGGCACCAGCUAGACAAUACCACGAGAGCCUCAUACUAUGCGAAAUCGAAGCAAACAAGGAUAAGUACAUACACUUUCUGCAAAGGCUUGUCCGAGCAGCAAGCCCCAAUCCACCAGGCGACACCCGAGCCGCCGCAGAUGUCGUCACGAAAUUCCUUUCAGCCAACAACAUCUAUGCAGAUAUCGUUGCCCCGAUGGCUCAUAUGCCCAACGUGGUUUCGGAUUUCGAAGGCCGCUUGCAGGACGGUCCUCGCGUUGUCUUCAACGGCCACAUGGACACUUUCCCGGUCAAUAACCUUGAGGGUUGGCGUUACCCGCCAUAUUCUGGCCAUAACGAUGGCACUUCGAUACAUGGUCUCGGGUCUGUCGACAUGAAAGCAGGCACUGCGGCUUCCAUCAUCGCGUUCACGUUGCUGAAGAAGCGAGCUUCGCAUCUCAUCGGCAGCGUCGCGUUGACCGUGGUCUCGGACGAAGAGACGGGAGGCGAAUGGGGGACCAAGUAUUUGCUCGAUCACUGUGGUGACAAUUCACCUUGGCUAGGCGAUUGUGUUGUCAACGGGGAGCCUGGUGGUCUACAGUCGAUCCGGUUCGGCGAGAAGGGAACUCUGCGAUUGACCUUCACAGUCAACACUCAAGGAGGUAACGGAGCGUACACACACAAUGGCUGCGGAGCCAUCGUACACGCUUGCUCCUUGAUAACGACCCUGAAGCGCGUGGUCGAGUCGAUACCCGUAAAGAUCCCGUACCAACUCAGGGCGUAUCUUCGCUCCAAACAAGCGCACGCCGUCACCGAUGAGAUCAUGGGCGCUGGGGCAGCAGCGAAUAUGUUCUCACCCACUUUGAACAUCGGUACCAUCAACGGCGGCGUCAAAGUCAACGUCAUCCCUUCAAAGUGCGUCUUUGAAGCCGACAUCCGCCUGCCGAUCGGGCUCCAGGCUGAAGCUGUACUCAAUGAGAUUGACAGCCUACUGCUAUCGUCCCCUGGCGUAUCAUACUCCGUGCAAGAAGCAGCCAGCAACCCAGCGAGCUUAUCGGAGUACAAUCACCCGCUUUCUGGGUACAUGGCUGAUGUGGCGCGAGACGUUACUGGGAGGGAGCCGGUACAGAUCGUCGGCCUGGGUGGUACGGAUUAUGGUGAAGCUGUGCUCAUUGAAGAGUUUAUGACUGUCAUCAAGACACAUACACUGGGGGUCUUCCGGUAUCUUUGGGACGAUAAAAGGUGGGAUCUCAGUAGGGGACUGGGAGAAAACACUCUCACGGGCGAGAGGAGGGCUCUCGAGAUCAGAACUCGCAAGUAG